UGAUCCCUCCAGCAUCGACUUUGAGUUUAUCUUGCUUUUUCAGCUGGCCCACUAUCACAAUCAACUCGAAAUCUCUGCGGUCAGAAUGUUGCAGCUUGCCCGUCUAUCAAUGCAUGCACACCGAUUAGUGAUAAUGCCAGCGUGCAUCCCUCGAGUCUUCUUUUUAUUUUAAGGCCUCAGCCUUGCUGCUCGCUUUCAUGAGAAUUCCUCUUCAUUCUCAUCAAUUCAAGAAGAAUGAUGGACACCGCUGAGUCUCAUUUCGAUAACACCGCCAAACAAGACCAUCCCUUCGAGGCGCCGGUGGGAAACAGGAACGGGACAAUUAUCAGCAACGAUGUCUACAGCAGACUCCAACCGGAGGAGUUAACGAGUCUUGAGAAAAAGGUCCGACUCAAAAUUGACAUUCGUCUCUGUACAAUCGCAGGUACAUUGUGCUGUCUGAAUCUCCUCGACUCGGGCAUCCUCUCUUCAGCCUCUGUCACCACCAUGUUCGAGGACCUGGAUCUUCACGGCACACGAUACUCUGUUUCCAUCUUCAUCUUUACCAUUGUCAAUGUGGUCUUUAAGCUUCCCAGCACUGUGGCCGUGCGUCUCGUCGGGCCGCGUCUCUGGCUCUCGUCCACCACGGUCUGUUUCGGUCUGAUUACUCUCUGCACGGCCUUCGUUCACACGUGGGGACAAAUGAUUGCCCUGCGCGUGCUGUUGGGAGUUGCCAUGUCCGGAAUUUAUCCAUCUAUGACCUAUCUCGUCAGCGUCUGGUACACCCGGCGCGAGCAGCAGCUUCGCUUCGCUGCGAUGCAAUCCGGCGAAGUGCUCGGGUUGGCUACGGGUAACAUUGUCAAUUACGCACUCAAUCACCUCGAUGGGAAGGGCGGGCUGGCAGGCUGGCGCUGGAUGUUUCUCGUUCAGGGCCUUAUCGCCUGUGUGAUUGGCAUCGGCACGUAUUGGUGGAUGAUUGACUUUCCGGAGCAUGCGCAUCGCAGCUUUCAUUUUCUGACAGAGAGGGAGACCUACAUAGCAUUUCAGCGGGUUCAGCAUGAUCGUGGCGAUGUCGUCGCGGAACCGUUCUCAUGGAGCAAGGUCUGGGUGUGCUUUGCGGAUCCCAAGCUCUAUGGGUUUUCCGUCAUGUUCUUUCUGCUGAACCUGGUGUCAACUUCCUUGAGCUACUUCCUCCCUAUCAUCUUGCAAUCCGGCAUGGGAUUCUCCAGCAAUGCAUCCAUUAUCCUGUCCACUCCGCCCUACUACUGGGCCGUUAUCCCCGUUCUGCUCACCUCGCUAAUUGGAGACGCCUACCGCGUCCGCAGCCCCCUCAUUAUCUUCAACUCCUUCUGCCUCAUCGCCGGCUUCCUAAUGCUCGGUAUCCCCUCCCAAGUUACAGUCCGCUACAUCGGCACCUUCCUCGCAACCGGCGCAUACGUCUCCAACUGGGCGGCAUUGAACGCAUUCAUGGCCAACAAUAUUGUGGGUCAAUGGAAGCGAGCAACAGUGGCGGCCGCUGUUGCAGCGUGCAAUGGACUUGGAGGUGUAGCAGGGAGUUAUAUUGUGAGGCAACAAGAGGCGCCACAGUAUCCGACUGCUGUGUGGGUGUCUGUGGGCUCGCAUAUUCUCAUGAUUGGGAUGGUGGCUAUGUUUACGGUGUACUUUUUUCUGUGUAAUCGGAGGGCGAUUCGAGAAGAAACAGCAACUUUCAAGUAUACUUAUUGAUAGAAUAGACACGAAGCAUGUUAUAGAUGUCACCUUAUGGAUAUGACGAGAAAUGAAAUUAUGGAAUGCAUUUCUACCCACAUCCUUUUGAC